AUGAGAGGUAUGUACAUUAGAAACUAGAUAUUACAAGGAAUUUGUGUCAUACUAACAAGCAUAGAUUAUAAAGUAGUAGUUUUAGGUGCUGGUGGGGUUGGUAAAUCGUCAGUUACUGUCCAAUUUGUUCAGGGGGUGUACGUUGAAAGUUACGACCCAACUAUCGAAGACUCAUACAGAAAGCAAAUUGAAAUAGAUGGUAGGGCCUGUGAUUUGGAAAUUUUGGAUACGGCCGGGGUAG